AAGUCGAGUUCCCAUCGUCGUCCUAAUCAUUAUCUCGCAGAGGAGGGAAGCUGAGACAAGCAAUGGCAACUCGUGCGAUGCUCAGAGCUUUCUCGAAACCCACCUUUCCGUGCCGCACAUCCCAGUAUCUUUCCCUUGCAUCCGUUUCUCGAUCCGCUAGCACGCUGGUUCUUGCUGAGCAUGAAGCUGGUUCUAUCAGGGCACCAUCUGUGAGUGCAGUAGUGGCUGCAAAUGUUUUAAGCAAGGACAACUCCAUUUCCGUGCUAUUGGCCGGCUCAGGUCCUUCCCUUCAAGAAGCUGCCACACAUGCUGCCUCAUGCCAUCCUUCAGUUUCUCAGGUGCUUGUAGCUGAUUCAGAUAAAUUUACACAUCCAAUAGCAGAACCUUGGGCUAAACUAGUCCAUUUAGUGCAGCAGAGAGGUGACUACUCGCACAUAAUUGCACCUUCAGGUUCAUUUGGGAAAAACAUUCUACCACGUGCAGCUGCUCUUUUAGAUGUUUCCCCCAUUACAGAUGUUAUUGAAAUAGCUGAGUCUGAUCUAUUUGUCAGGCCAAUAUACGCUGGUAAUGCACUCUGUACCGUUCGCUACACUGGUGCCAACCCUUGCAUGUUGACCAUUAGAUCCACAUCUUUCCCGGUGUCACCAACCUUGGCUGAUUCAAAAUCUAAGGAGGCUCCUAUCUCCCAGGUUGAUCUCUCAACCUUUGGUGAAGAUUCUAUAGGUAAUUCAAGAUAUAUAAAGCAGACAUCUCAGGAUACAGAACGCCCUGAUCUUGGGAAUGCACGUAUUGUAAUCACUGGGGGUGGGUUGAAAAGUGCCGAGAACUUCAAGAUGAUAGAGAAGCUUGCAGAGAAACUUGGUGCAGCUGUUGGUGCCACCCGUGCUGCUGUUGAUGCGGGAUUUGUUCCUAAUGACCUCCAGGUUGGCCAAACUGGAAAGAUUGUUGCCCCCGAGUUAUAUAUGGCUUUUGGUGUAUCAGGAGCCAUUCAGCACUUGGCAGGCAUGAGAGAUUCCAAGGUCAUUGUUGCAGUGAACAAAGAUGCAGAUGCACCCAUAUUUCAGGUUGCUGAUUAUGGACUCGUAGGUGAUCUUUUUGAGGUGAUACCAGAAUUGCUCGAGAAGGUUCCGGAGAGAAAAUAAACCUCUAACCUGUGCUUUUCCAGGAUUCAUCCUUGGAGGUGAAAGAUGCAGAAUGAACUGUCUUGUUUAUAAUAAGUUCCAAAUUCUCAUUUCUUUGAACGUCCUUUUAUAUAGCAUGAAAUCAAAAUCACCCUUUUCAAAUUGCCUUAAACUGGUCAAAGGUCGUGAUAAGCAGUACAGCCAAUACUUUCAAAGUCCCAUGAAGAGGGAUUAUUAUUAUGGG